AUGCGCGAAAUGCUGAAUGAGGAGUAUACCCACCUCUUACAGGAGGAGGAGAAAGUCUUGGAAGAGGCAAACAUAAUCUCUCUGCCAUCAAACAAGUAUUGCUGUAUCACCCUCUUCACCCCAAGGGAAGAUCACAAAAACUGCACGAUCGAAGUGCGAGCGGGCGCAGGCGGAGCGGAAGCGUGCCUAUUCACCGAAGACAUUAUGAAUAUGUACAAAAACUACUGCUCGCUCAAAGACUGGAAAUGGAGCGUUCUCAGCUGCAACGCGCCGACCGGAGGCGGAAUCAAAGAAGCGAUCAUCAAAAUCACAGGGGAAGGAUCAUUCGGUGUAUUACGCACCGAGUCAGGCGUUCACCGCGUUCAACGCGUUCCCGAAACAGAAAGCCAGGGACGAAUUCACACAUCCACAAUGACGGUCGCCGUGUUGCCAGAAGUGGAAAACAUGGAAACACUCAUUCGACCUUCCGAUCUCCGCAUUGAUUUGUUUCGAUCGAGCGGAAAGGGCGGGCAGCACGUCAACAAAACGGAAUCAGCGGUUCGAAUCACGCAUCUCCCCACGGGAAUCGUUGUGUCCAAUCAGGAUGAGCGAAAUCAGCAUAUGAACAAGGCGAAAGCGAUGCAGAUCUUGGCGAUUCGACUGCAGAAUCGACAGAAUUCGCUGUUUAACGAGGAAAUCGAUUCGGAACGACGGUCAUAUCCCUUUGCAUUUGAUUGGGCGCGAUGCGAGAAGAACCGAACGUAUAACUAUCCAAAUAGUCGAAUUACGGAUCAUCGAAUUGGCUUGACGCUGUAUGGAAUGGAUAAAAUGAUGAACGGCGAGCUGCUCGAUGAGUUCGCCGUGGCGUUGAAGCAGUGGAGAAUCGAGAAAGAGUUUGAAGCUUUGAAGUCCGAACUGUAG